AUGCAUUUUCUGACAUUUUUUGUCGUUUCUGUAAUUUUUACAAGCGGUUCUCAAGCAGCUAUUGGCCUUCAGCUCAACUGUACGACAUACGAUUCUACUCUAGGUGAUUUUAUCUACACGCCUUCAGCGACCGCCUGCGACAACGUUAUCUCAGAUGUUUCUUGCAGACGUUGGUAUGGCACAACUAUCGUUAUAGCUGGAACCAGCGAUGCUCGCCCCGCCUCAUGCUUCUCAGAUGGUACGGCAAGACCGAAUGAUCAAGGUAUGGUCAGAGCUGCUGUUGAACUCUGCCCGAAACUUUGUGGGUUCUGCUGCAUGACUACGGCAUAUAAUUGCCGCAAUGCCGACUUCCCUCGUCUCAAUUGUGCCACCAUCGUUCCUGCUCAAUGCAGAGAUCAACGCUGGCGGACAAUCAUUGCACAGGAUUGCCCAUCUGCUUGUGGGUUCUGUAAUCUCGGAGGAUGUGUAGACGCAGUCACUGAUUGUGCAAAUGACCCUUCGAUUUGUAACAUGGUUGGAAUGCAGAACUUCGUAAAUCAGAACUGCCAGCGGACAUGCUCCAGGUGCCCUUCGUCCACUAGUACUCUCAUUUCGUCGACUGCUAUUAGCUCCUCUUGCACUUCGUACAUCCCAGAUUCAAGUUCUUCCUGUGCUUCGUGGGCGGCCAAUGGAUUUUGUACUAACAAUUUCUAUACGAUAGCAGGGCGUAGAGCUGUAUGUGCAACUACUUGCAGAAUUUGUUAAUAUUUUGGUUUUGAGAGCUUAUUAUUUAUUUGUAGGAAUAA